GGAACGGAACGACGGAGCCUAAGCGCGCGGCGCGCCCGAGAGGGUAAAAACGGUACACCCGGAAGUGUCUUAGGCGUGCGGGCGGCGCGCUGCCGGAGGCCUCACCGCUAUGGGCCGCAACAAGAAGAAGAAGCGAGAUGGCGACGACCGGAGGCCGAGGCUCGUUCUCAGCUUCGACGAAGAAAAGCGGCGGGAGUACCUGACCGGCUUCCAUAAGCGGAAGGUAGAGCGGAAGAAGGCAGCCAUUGAGGAGAUCAAGCAUCGGCUCAAGGAGGAGCAGAAGAAACUCCGGGAGGAGCGCCAUCAGGAGUACUUGAAGAUGCUGGCAGAGAGAGAGGAGGCUCUGGAGGAGGCAGACGAACUGGACAGGUUGGUGACAGCAAAGACAGAGUCGGUCCAGUAUGACCAUCCCAACCACACGGUCACCGUGACCACCAUCAGCGACCUGGACCUCUCGGGGGCCCGCCUGCUUGGACUGCCCCCACCCGAGCAAGCGGCCGGGCACGGGUCCGAGGAAGAGGCGUCAUCCACGGCGAAGCUGACCAGAGCCUUACCCAGGAAGUCCAGAGAUCCCCUCCUGUCCCAGCGGAUCUCCGCUCUCACGGCUUCGCUGCAUGCACAUAGUCGCAAAAAGGGCAAGAGGAAACAUCCCCGACGGGCCCAAGACUCCACCAAGAAGCCCCCGAGUGCCACCCGUACGAGCAAGACCCAGCGCCGCCGGCUGACGGGCAAAGCCCGGCACAGCGGAGAAUGAGCCCCGAGAACCAGGCCACGCCCCAGCCUGGGCUGUCAGGGGCCGUCCUGUCUCCGCCUGGCGGUCCCAGGAACCCAGCACUGCGGGGGUGACUCUGCGGCCCCGGCUUGGGAGGCAGUUCCUCUGUGGCCCAGAGCUUGGACGCUGGAAGGGGGCAGGCAGCUGAGGAGCUGGCUUCCCUCAGGAGGAGACUUCAGAGCCAAGUCGGGGGCAUCUUGCUUAGUGGGAAGGCUUCCCACCGAGCCGUCCUCAGAUUUGUGAAGCUAAGUGCCCCUGUGGUCUGUUUGUCCCUGACCCUGGUGCCACGUGCCCAGGGCAGGCUUGUGAGGGGGUGGAACCUGUCGGGGAAGUGGGUCCAUCCUCACCGUCCAGCAGUCUUCCCCGUGGGGGUGAAAAGGUCGUGUUGGGUCUGGGCCCCCUCGCCCGGGCUCCAGGCCAGCAUAACCACUGCUAGGGUCCGGAGUCGUCCUGCUGCUCUGCGAAGCGGGCCGCCGAGGCAGGUGGCUGAGCUUUGCCAGCCUCUGCCCGUUACCGGCUGAGGCUGUGGGUCCGUCCCUUCUCCGUGGCCUCCUUGGUCCCCUCAGCUGAAAUCGAAGUGCUGGAAGCAGAUGAGUUCCAGAGCAUUCCCCAGCCCCAAACUUGGGCAUCCUCCCCAGGCUUCCAGCAGCUCUCGGAGAGACACCGAUCAAGGCGUGAUUAACCCCUUUUAAAGAGAAUGUGUCUCGACUCACUCGAAAGCGUGGCGGUUCCCAGGCAGACCCCUCAGGAGGCCAGCGGGUGUUCUGCAAGGCUGCUGGGUUUUCACGCCCCCCGUCC